UUACUGACACACUCUCCUACAGGAAUGUGCCAGAAAUGUAAAUAGUGUCCAUGUCCGAUCUUUAAUGUAAACUCUGCAAACCCUUCUGUUUUUAUGACUACUAAACGCACCUAUAGGUGCACAUUAUUUUUUGCUAACUGAUGCGUCCAGACCUCUGUGGGAUUUCACUAUUUAUAUGCUAUCAUUAUGACCAAAGAUAUAGUUGUUGGGGAUGAAUUACCAGACUGGGUGGGGGCUAAAGACUUUUACCAGAAAUAUGACCCCAAAGAGGUCAUUGGGAGGGGGGUUAGCAGCGUUGUGCGCAGAUGUGUGCACAGGCACACUGGGCAGGAGUUGGCAGUUAAGAUUAUUGAAAUAACAGCAGAAAAAAUGACUGCCCAGCAGUUGGAGGAGGUGAAAGUGUCCACACUGAAGGAGAUUCAACUGCUCAACAUGGUGAAAGGACACCCCUCAAUAAUUACACUUGUGGAUUCCUAUGAGUCGGCAACUUUCAUAUUUUUGGUAUUUGACCUUAUGCGACGAGGGGAGCUAUUUGACUACCUCACUGAAAAAGUUACUCUGAGUGAAAAAGAAACCAGGAGUAUUAUGCGAGCUCUGCUGGAGGCUGUGCAGUACCUUCACUCCCUCAACAUUGUCCAUCGAGACCUCAAACCUGAGAACAUUCUUCUUGAUGAUCAGGGACACAUUAAACUGUCUGACUUUGGUUUCUCAGUGCAGCUACAACCAGGAGAAAAACUUAGAGAGCUUUGUGGGACACCUGGCUAUUUGGCACCUGAAAUCUUGAGAUGCUCAAUGGAGGAAAUGCAUCCAGGCUAUGGCAAAGAGGUUGAUCUUUGGGCUUGUGGAGUGAUCCUCUUCACCCUCUUGGCUGGGUCUCCUCCUUUCUGGCAUCGUAAACAGAUGCUGAUGCUGAGAAUGAUCAUGGAAGGGCGCUAUCAGUUCAGCUCUCCGGAGUGGGAUGACCGCUCUGACACUGUGAAAGACUUGAUUUCCAGGUUGCUUGUGGUGGACCCUGCUAUCCGUCUGACAGCUGAGCAAGCUUUGACACAUUCCUUCUUCCGACUUUACCAGAAAGAAGAGUUGCGAACUUUUAGCCCAAGGAAGUCUUUUAGGGUGUUGAUUGUCUCUGUGUUGGCCUGCAUUCGAAUGUACAGUCGAUACCGCAGGGUCCGCCCACUAACCCGGGAUGUUUUGGCAAGAGACCCUUAUUCCAUCCGGGGGGUUCGUAAGCUCAUUGAUGGCUGUGCUUUCCGGAUUUAUGGGCACUGGGUGAAGAAAGGUGAGCAGCAGAAUCGUGCAGCUCUCUUCCAGAACACAGCUAAAAUUGUCCUUUUGGGCCUAGAGGACUUUGACACCUAAAUAUCCUCAUUCCUUGUAUUUUUUAUUUGACCACAUGCAUUUCUGCCAUGUUUGUGUCUGUCUUUUAUCAAGUUAUAUUUUUAGACUGUUUUAAGAAAGACCUGUUUAUUUGUUUGCCUUAAUUUAAGCCUUGGUUCUGCAAUUUUAUCUCUGGCACGCACACUGUAAAGUAAAAUGCUUUUUCUCUUUAGAUUUUAGUGUGUAUGUUAGGUCCACAUGUUUGCACUGGCACAUUACCAUUAACUACAUUGCACAAUUACUACAAAAAAAAACAAUAACUGUUUAUUGUGUUCAUUCUCAGUGAAAACCCAUCCAGGUACUGUGUGUGUUGUGAUAUAGGGAUGCUGUAUUAACCAGUAUAAUUAUUUAGUAUGAUAUUACUUGAUGUAGUGAAACUAUUACAUUCUAAGGCAUGUUGCUAUUAAAAGACCUACUUACACAAACUGUGAAUGGUUUUACUGUUUAAAAAGCUCUGAAGCACUGGCAUCUUUUUCAUUAAUAUUUGAAGAAUGUGUAACUAAACCAUCUACUUAUGAGGAAAUAUUGAUCAAUUCCUUGUGAUGACAAUAAAACAAACAUUUCA